AUGAAUUGUAGUGCCUUCCAAGACACGGCAGAAGUCGUCUCAAAUUACCUAGAGAAACGCCCGGCUUCAAGGAAUGCCCAGCUAGCCAAUCUCGAAUUGAAACUUCAGGGAAUUGAAGUAAAUAAAUCUGACCCCGAGGAAGUGCUCCGUGGUUGUAUUGAAUAUUUUAGGCGUAACCAACGGAAGAUAUACUGUUUCAAUGACCUACAAAGAUAUCUCCCUGGUUUAGAUACACGCCUCUAUUCAAAGUUUGAAGACGAAGUGUUUAAAAUUGUAGAGGAUACUAAAAAGUCUAGUGCAAUUCCUCAAAUCAAUGCGUACAAGCUGGAGUAUUCUUUCCAGUUACAAUUCGAGAAUUCUAAAGAUGCCAUUAUCAAGACUGAAAGUUUUGUUUGCCGCUGCUUACGUGACUUCAAAAACGCUGGGAGAGCCGACGCUGGUGAUACACCUUCAACUAUCGAAGCAGAGCCGACAGAUGAUCUCUGCCUGCUAGCUGCAAUGGCUUUGAUACGCCUGCAUGAUGCUAUAGCUGGGUCUACCACCAACUCUGUACUAGUCCAAGCGGCCGGGAUACUUGAACAUCUCCUGCUCAAAUCACCACACAACUAUGAAGCUCUUUUAUUGCUUGUGCGAAUAUACCUGCUUCUUGGUGCUGGAUCACUUGCUUUAAAGAAAUUUUCCAAGCUAUCGGUCAAGCAAAUACAGUACGAGACAGUCGCCCAUAACUUGUUUACUCGACUUGCAACCAUUCAUCCCCAAAGCGCGCCCCCAUCAUUAGACCUCGACAGAAAGGAUUAUGAUCCACAGGCAGGGCUCAGGCAGGCAUUAUUAUUUUACCGAAAUGCAGAGAGUGCAACAACGUAUUCUCUAUCUACGGGCUUAGACAAUGGCAGCUACAUCAAUGUGGAAGGGAGCAUUGAGCUCCGGAAUGACUUGAAGAAUAGCUUAUGUAGGAAGCUGUGGGCUUUGGAAGCAAGACGCCUCCAUCGAAUUGUCGGUGGUCCAUCUAUAAGCCAGUAUGACAAGAUUGUUCUCAAUAAAAGCCCUCUUUCUGACAAGCGUAGCUUUGAGGGAUUCAUGAACUGUGAGCCUCGUGGAAAGCCAGCCUUCGAAGAGUACGUGAGAGUAGGGCCAUUCCAAAAGACUCAAGCAAUCAACGCAUUAGCUGUCUCAGAUGCUCUAUUUACCUUCUUGACUAUGGUUUCGCCGAAAGCUUCGAAGCUAAAGCUUUCCCCAUACCUUGAUUUUGACAUUAAUUCAGCAGGAAACGAACUCACAUCAGCUGAAAAGAUGAACAUACAGGUUCACCAUCGUCUACUAAAAUGCCUGGCUGUGUUCACAGGGGAAACAACAUCUGAUGCUGCCACUGUCGAUAACACCCUAUCAAUAGUGGAUGCCUACCUGGAAGAGAGGCUGAAAGUCCUGGUAAAUCCGGACUCUAAGACCAAUGGGACAAUAGAUUUGACUCCUAACUCCAACCCCGCAUCCCCUGCUCCCUCCUGGAUUUUCCUACACGAAGCCAUUCUGCUACUUGAGACAUUAAAGGCCAUAUUGCUAUUUGUCUCAUUCAUAAGCAAGAAUAAAUCCUCCACUUCAGGGGAUGGCAAAGCCAAGAUCAAUGCUCUCAAGAAUCGCGUGGAGGCAGUUGUAGAUGAGGUCAGAGUCCAAUGUCAAGGAUUGAAGACACGGAUUUCCAGCUCCGGAAUGCUUGGCCAUCUCGUUGAUAUCGUACACAUGAGACCAGGCGGUCUGACAGGUACUGCAGAUCUCGAGGGUGCUCGGACGCUUGAUGCUGAGAUUGAAGGCCUCAUGGAUUCUGCCUUUCUAGAGUUAUUCUGUGGCUCAUUGAUGGAGAGCUGGGAAGAUGCUCUUGACGGCGUUAUUUCGAUUUGUUCAACAGUCGGAUGA